GGGGGUCGCCAGGGCCCGGGGUGUGGCCCGCGCCUCCGCCUCCGCCUCAGGCUGUCUCGGAGUUGGAGCCCAAAGGCUGUUCUCUGCCCUCCGUUAGUUCUGGCCGAGGGAGGCGGGGCCAGAUUCAAGAAAUACGAAGAGAUCGACAACGCCCCCGAGGAGCGGGCGCGGGGCAUCACUAUCAAUGCGGCCCACGUAGAGUACAGCACUGCUGCCCGCCACUAUGCCCACACCGACUGCCCGGGCCACGCGGAUUACGUGAAGAAUAUGAUCACAGGCACUGCUCCCUUGGAUGGCUGCAUCCUGGUGGUUGCGGCCAAUGAUGGCCCCAUGCCCCAGACCCGAGAGCACCUGCUGCUGGCCAAACAGAUUGGAGUAGAGCACAUCGUGGUGUAUGUGAACAAAGCCGACGCUGUCCAGGACUCGGAGGUGGUGGAGCUGGUGGAGCUGGAAAUCCGGGAACUGCUCAGCGAGUUUGGCUACAAGGGGGAAGAGACCCCUGUCAUCGUGGGCUCUGCCCUCUGUGCCCUGGAGCAGCGUGACCCCGAGCUGGGUGUGAAGUCUGUGCAGAAGCUGCUGGAUGCUGUGGACACUCAUAUCCCAGUGCCCACCCGGGACCUGGAGAAGCCCUUCCUGAUGCCUGUAGAGUCUAUUUACUCUAUUCCAGGCCGAGGCACCGUGGUGACAGGUACACUAGAGUGCGGCACUUUGAAGAGGGGAGACGAGUGUGAGUUCCUGGGGCACAGCAAGAACAUUCGCACUGUGGUGACAGGCAUCGAGAUGUUCCACAAGAGCCUGGAGAGGGCAGAGGCAGGAGAUAACCUCGGGGCCCUGGUCCGAGGCUUGAAGCGGGAGGAUCUGAGGCGAGGCCUGGUCAUGGUCAAGCCGGGCUCCCUCCAGCCGCACCAGAAGGUGGAGGCGCAGGUUUACAUUCUCAGCAAGGAGGAAGGUGGCCGCCACAAGCCCUUUGUGUCUCACUUCAUGCCUGUCAUGUUCUCGCUCACUUGGGACAUGGCCUGUCGGGUCAUCUUGCCUCCAGGGAAGGAGCUCGUCAUGCCCGGGGAGGACCUAAAGCUCAGCCUCAUCUUGCGACAGCCAAUGAUCCUCGAGAAAGGCCAGCGCUUCACCCUGAGAGAUGGCAACCGCACCAUCGGUACCGGCCUUGUCACUGACACGCUGGCCAUGACCAAGGAGGAUGAGACCCUCAAGUGGAGUUGAGUCUGGACCUCUGCUCAUGUUGUCCGGAGUUUAGGACUUCUCUGCCCGGUCUUCCUCCUGCUUCUGUGCCCCCUGGGGCAUGAGCUGCCACCACAGGGGGCAGCUAGAUGGACACGCCCGCCUACAGGGCUGGCCUGCUGGGCAAGGUAGGCCAGUAAACCGUUCUGUGAAUAGUGAGCCAGCCUGUGUCUGUGUCCUUCUUGU